AUGGAGCUCAGAGUGGGUAACAAAUAUCGACUCGGGAGAAAGAUAGGUAGCGGUUCUUUUGGAGACAUUUACCUUGGUGCCAACAUUGCCACUGGUGAGGAGGUAGCCAUCAAACUUGAAUGUGUAAAGACCAAACACCCUCAGUUGCACAUUGAGAGCAAGUUCUACAAGAUGAUGCAAGGAGGAGUGGGCAUUCCAUCGAUAAAGUGGUGUGGUGCAGAAGGUGACUAUAAUGUGAUGGUGAUGGAGCUUCUUGGUCCAAGUCUUGAGGAUCUUUUCAACUUUUGCUCCCGAAAGUUCAGCCUCAAAACGGUCCUGCUUUUGGCGGACCAAAUGAUAAGCCGUAUUGAGUACAUCCACUCCAAGAAUUUCAUUCACCGUGACGUAAAGCCAGACAACUUCUUAAUGGGGCUCGGCAAGAAGGGUAAUCUUGUGUACAUCAUCGACUUCGGCCUGGCAAAAAAAUACCGUGAUGCCCGCACACACCAGCACAUCCCCUACAGGGAGAACAAAAACCUCACAGGCACAGCACGCUAUGCUUCUAUCAACACCCAUCUUGGAAUUGAACAAUCCAGACGUGAUGACUUGGAGUCUCUUGGCUACGUCCUCAUGUAUUUCAACCUGGGAUCCUUACCCUGGCAAGGCCUUAAGGCUGCGACUAAGAGACAGAAGUAUGAACGAAUCAGUGAGAAGAAAAUGUCCACACCAAUUGAGGUUCUUUGCAAAGGAUACCCCUCGGAGUUCUCCACAUACCUGAAUUUCUGCCGAUCACUCCGAUUUGAUGACAAGCCAGAUUAUUCCUACUUACGACAGCUCUUCAGAAAUCUCUUCCACCGGCAGGGCUUCUCCUACGAUUAUGUCUUUGACUGGAAUAUGCUUAAAUUUGGGGCCACACGGACGACAGAAGAUGGAGACCGGGAGAGGAGGACUGGUGACGACAGGGAUGAUCGAAUUGGUGUUGCUCCCAGGGGUUCCGCAGCGCGAGGACUACCCCCAGGUCCUAACCCUGGACCAGCCAACAGAGUCAGAAACGGACCAGAACAGGCCAUCUCUAAUCCCGCUUCACGAGUCCAACAGUCUGGAAACACAUCGCCUCGUGCCAUUUCUCGUGCAGAAAGGGAAAGGAAGGUGAGCAUGCGACUCCAUCGUGGCGCUCCUGCUAAUGUGUCAUCCUCUGACCUGACGGCCCGUCAUGACCAAUCCAGGAUUUCCACAUCGCAGGUGAGCGUGCCAUUCGAGCACAUGGGAAAGUAA